AUGCAGAAGCGAAGUGGCACCGUCAGCGCGACACUCGACAACCUGCAAACCCUCUACUUCGUAAACGCCUCCCUAGGAACUCCACCACAAAACGUCCGAUUACACAUUGACACUGGAAGCAGCGACAUGUGGGUGAACACUCCGGGCUCCGACCUUUGUUCGAGCAGGAAACAGCGCUGCGCCGAGUCUCUCACAUAUACGGCUAAUUAUUCAUCGACGUACAGCUACGUCAGCAACGACUUCAACAUCUCCUACGUCGAUGGAUCAGGCGCGGCAGGGGACUAUGCCACAGACACAAUACGCAUUGCCGGAGCCAGCAUGACAUCGUUUCAGUUUGGAGUCGGCUACAGCAGCACCUCGGCGCAGAAUGUUCUGGGCAUAGGAUAUCCCGCCAUCGAGGUGCAAGUGGUGCGGUCACAUCUGGAACCGUACGACAACCUGCCAGCCAAGAUGGUAGCCGAUGGACUCACGGCAUCCAGUGCGUUCAGUCUGUGGCUGAACGAUCUAGAUGCCUCAGCAGGCAAUGUUUUAUUUGGCGGCGUCGACAGGGAACGGUUUGACGGAAGCUUGGUCAGUGUGCCUAUUCAGGAAGUCAACAAUGCUCAUAGCGAGUUCUUCAUCACAAUGACCGGACUCAACAUUGGAUCCAACAACGUCGCCAGGGACGUGGCUCUCGCUGUGCUUCUUGACUCGGGCAGCUCGUUGUCAUAUCUACCGGCCUCGAUAGUUGAAAGCAUUUACAGCGAGGUCGGGGCAACAUACGUCGAUGCAAAAGAUGUGGCCCUCGUCGAUUGCUCUCUGAAGAGGCAAGAUGCCACGUUGACGUUCAACUUUAGCUCACCGGCGUCCGUAACUGUGCCCAUGAACGAAAUGGUUCUCGACGUGCCUGAUACGCCGGAAGGGCGGCUGACUCUCGAGAAUGGCGAUCCAGUCUGUCUGUUUGGCAUCUUGCCAGCCGGGGAAUCACCCAGUGUCCUGGGUGACACAUUCCUGCGAAGCGCCUACGUGGUCUACGACACAGACAACAACGCAAUUGCCCUUGCCAAUACUAGGUUCAACGUUACAACAUCCAACCAGGUAGAAAUUAACAACGGAUCGAGCAUACCAUAUGCGAUUAAAGCCAGCAACCCCAUCAAAGCGACGUCCGGGUUACCUGGAAAGGGCGGUGGCAGGUUCAGCAGCCUGGAGACUGGCAAUACGGCGACUAGUCUCGUCCCAUCAUUCCCAUCAUUGACAAUGAUUUUGGUAUGCAUAAUGGCAGGGGCUCUUGUGUAA